GCUGGAGCUUGAUUGGCGGUCUUGCCGGCCAGUGAGGCCAGGGCGUGGGAGGGGCGUGGCUCGGAGCGCGAAACAUGGCGGGGCAGGACGGUGGCUGCGGCUGCGGCCGCGGCGGCGACGACUACUCAGAGGACGAGGGCGACAGCAGCGUGUUCAGGGCGGCUGUGGAGGUGUUCGGGAAGCUGAAGGACCUAAAUUGCCCCUUCCUCGAGGGUCUGUAUAUCACAGAGCCAAAGACAAUUCAGGAACUGCUGUGCAGCCCCUCAAAGUACCGCUUGGAGAUCCUCGAGUGGAUGUAUACCCGGAUCUGGCCCUCACUGCAGGACAGGUUCAGCUCACUGAAAGGGGUCCCAACAGAGGUGAAGAUCCAAGAAAUGACGAAGCUGGGCCAUGAGCUGAUGCUGUGUGCGCUGGAUGACCAGGAGCUCCUCAAGGGCCGUGCCUGCGCCCAGAAGCAGCUACACUUCAUGGACCAGUUGCUCGAUGCCAUCCGGAGCCUGACCAUUGGGUGCUCCAGUUGCUCGAGCCUGAUGGAGCACUUCGAGGACACUAGGGAGAAGAACGAGGCCUUGCUGGGGGAGCUCUUCUCCAGCCCCCACCUGCAGAUGCUCCUGAAUCCAGAGUGCAACCCGUGGCCCCUGGACAUGCAGCCCCUCCUCAACAAGCAGAGUGAUGACUGGCAGUGGGCCAGCGCCUCUGCCAAGUCCAAAGAGGAGGAGAAGCUGGUGGAGCUUGCCAGGCAGCUGCAGGGGAGUGCUGCCAAGUUGCACGCGCUUAGAACGGAGUACUUUGCACAGCACGAGCAAGGGGCCGCUGCGGGCGCAGCCGACGUCAGCACCCUAGACCAGAAGCUGCGUCUGGUCACCUCCGACUUCCACCAGCUAAUCUUGGCUUUUCUCCAAGUCUACGACGACGAGCUGGGCGAGUGCUGCCAGCGCCCAGGCCCUGACCUCCACCCGUGCGGCCCCAUCAUCCAGGCCACGCACCAGAAUCUGACUUCCUACAGCCAACUGCUGCAAGUGGUCGUGGCAGUUGCUGACACCUCUGCGAAAGCCGUGGAGACCGUGAAGAAGCAGCAAGGCGAGCAGAUCUGCUGGGGUGGCAGCAGCUCCGUCAUGAGUCUAGCUACCAAGAUGAAUGAACUAAUGGAGAAAUACAAAGUCUUCAGUGAUGGCCUGCGCAAAAGCACAGGAUAGUGGGGGCAGGAGGCCCUCUCCCAAGAUGGAGUUGGCGAGGACGGAUGAUUGUGGCAGCAGAAGCCGUUGCAGCCCCACGUUGUGCUCUAGGCAGGGACCUUUGGCCCCUUUGGGGAGGGAGAGAGAGACGGACGGUUUGACUUGGACACAGAGAAAGCCUUGGUUUCUAAGCA